AUGACUGGACCCUCCACCCUCCGGUACCUUCCCUCUAAAUAUACACCACAGCCGCCCAGAGUCAGAACCCGGGCCAAGGGAAUUCUGGGAUCGUCUUACACCACUGCACUUCCCAGCGCCCGAAACCAGAUCAGCACCAGCACUUUACAGGCACUUCACAGCGUCCAAAACCGGAUCAGCACCAGCACUUUACAGGCACUUCCCAGCGUCCAAAACCGGAUCAGCACCAGCACUUUACAGGCACUUCUCAGCGUCCAAAACCGGAUCAGCACCAGCACUUUACAGGCACUUCACAGCGUCCAAAACCGGAUCAGCACCAGCACUUUACAGGCACUUCUCAGCGUCCAAAACCGGAUCAGCACCAGCACUUUACAGGCACUUCCCAGCGCCCGAAACCAGAUCAGCACCAGCACUUUACAGACCCUUCCCAGCGUCCGGAACGAGAUCAGCACCAGCACUUUACAGACCCUUCCCAGCGUCCGGAACGAGAUCAGCACCAGCACUUUACAGACCCUUCCCAGCGUCCGGAAUGAGAUCAGCACCAGCACUUUACAGACACCUAAACUGGAUCAGCACCAGACACCUAAACUAGAUCAGCACCAGCACUUUACAGACACCUAA